UAUCACCAAGGUAGCUUUGGGAGUCAACUAUCACCAAGGUAGCUUUGGGAGUCAACUAUCACCAAGGUAGAUUUGGGAGUCAACUAUCACCAAGGUAGAUUUGGGAGUCAACUAUCACCAAGGUAGCUUUGGGAGUCAACUAUCACCAAGGUAGCUUUGGGAGUCAACUAUCACCAAGGUAGAUCUGGGAGUCAACUAUCACCAAGGUAGCUUUGGGAGUCAACUACCACCAAGGUAGCUUUGGGAGUCAACUAUCACCAAGGUAGCUUUGGGAGUCAACUAUCACUAAGGUAGCUUUGGGAGUCAACUACCACCAAGGUAGCUUUGGGAGUCAACUAUCACCAAGGUAGCUUUGGGAGUCAACUAUCACUAAGGUAGAUUUGGGAGUCAACUAUCACCAAGGUAGAUUUGGGAGUCAACUAUCACCAAGGUAGCUUUGGGAGUCAACUAUCACCAAGGUAGCUUUGGGAGUCAACUACCACUAAGGUAGAUUUGGGAGUCAACUAUCACUAAGGUAGAUUUGGGAGUCAACUACCACUAAGGGUUCUUUGUCAGGAGGACUUUGAGAGUUCGUUUGGACCCUGAUCGUUUGUUUGAAUCCCUUGACAACGGACGAAGUGAUGAUCCAGGGCGUGUCUGAGAUCGCGGCGCUGUGCGUGGGCCUGGUGGGUCUGAUCGGAGCAGCCGCCGUCACCGGGAUGCCCAUGUGGAAGGUUACAGCCUUCAUCGGAGAGAACAUCAUCGUCAUGGAGACGCGCUGGGAGGGCCUGUGGAUGAACUGCUAUAGACAGGCCAACAUCAGGAUGCAGUGUAAGGUGUACGACUCUCUGCUGUAUCUCCCCGCAGACCUGCAGGCUGCCAGGGGCUUGAUGUGCUGCUCGCUGGCUCUCUCAGGGAUGGGUCUACUGGGGGCUCUAGCAGGGAUGCGGUGUACCUCCUGCAUCCGGGACAACGACCGCGUUAAGAGCCUCAUCCUCAUGGUGGCUGGAGGCAUGCAGUUACUGGCCUCUAUCUGUGUGUUCAUCCCAGUCUCCUGGACGGCUCACGCCAUAAUCCGUGACUUCUAUAACCCCUUGCUGAUCGAUGCCCAGCGCAGGGAGCUGGGAGAGGCUCUCUACGUCGGCUGGGUGACCGGAGCCUUCCUCUUGACCUCUGGGCUUCUCUUCCUCUGUCGCCGCGUCCACUCCAACAAAGCCUCGUUCGAUAUCUACCAUCCUGCCAACAGGAUCAACAAACCCACUCUGAUGCACUAUCAUCCUAUCUCAAGUGUUCUUAACAUCGGGGCUCACCGCCAGCCCGGUCUGAUCCACCAACAAAGUCACAGCUUCGAUGCAUACCAACACCGCCAAGCUCCGAUUCUUCAUAACGUUCCUUAUGGACAACAAGGGGUCGUCAUGAACCCUCCUGCUGCUGUGACUGACUCUAGCUUGGUGGAGAACGUUGGGCCGUCGUUCUAUCACCACGGCAACCGACGUCAUGUUGACGGACGCCAUCCCUCCACCUCUAACAGCUCCAACUGCGUCAGCAGCCUGUCCACUCUGGCUAACUCCCUACACAUCAGCCAACAGACUCCGUACUCCUAUAGCCACCUGACCACUCCGUACGCCACAUAUACCGGUAGUCAACAGACAAAUCCAUACUCCUACAGUCAUCCGGGAAACCUGUCCGUUUCACACAACUCCAGUUUCCAAGCCGUACCUCAGAAUCCUGUUUUUAUCGGGUAUAAGGGCUCCAGAGUUCAACCAUCGCAGUCUCACCACAACGGAAGCAGUGUUGGUGUGUACAUCUGAAUAGACUGCAACGAGACCAGUCAUCUUCCCAUACUCACUAUACCUUUAACAAAUGUAUCUCCUCUAUAUGGUUAUUAGAAUCACAUGGUAUCUUUUCUUAUUUUUUGAAAAGUUAAAUGUCUGUUUUGGUAUUCUGGUAAAACUGUAAUGUGUUCAGUGUAUGGGACAGUUACAGCUGUGUAGAAUCUAGAAACUCUAUUCUACAUUUAUCUUCUGUUAUGUGAUUAUUCAUGUACCAUUUGGGUGUGUUUGUCAGCCUGCUGCUGGCGGUUUUAUAUAAGCAGCUGUCUUUUUGUCACCUUGACCUUACCUGUCAUGUGACCUCAGUAAACAAGAAGUUUGGUUUCUCCAAUAAAGAACAUCCUGUUUGAUUCUGCAUACGGGAGAGCCACUUCAAUACGAGGUGAUUUUCGUAGCAGGUUAGGAGAGCAUUUUAACUUAACCUCAGGUCUCCUCACCCGCUGCGUUUAUUCUCCUCACCCGCUGCGUUUAUUCUCCUCACCCGCUGCGUUUAUUGUCCUCACCCGCUGCGUUUAUUCUCCUCACCCGCUGCGUUUA